GAAGCGGUCGGUCUUAUGUUCACACAGACUUCCGCCUGCUGACCUUAUACAGUGAACAGCCCAGGGACAGCGACAGUGACAGUGAAAUAGUCAAGCCCAACUAAAUGCAGUUCAAGCUCAGCGCUCGUUGAGUCAAAAUGUUGCUGCAAGUGUUGUGCGUGUUGCUCUUAGGCUUUGCUGCUGCCAGCAGCUUGGACACUGAAGUGCUGCGCUACGGUCAGGAGCUGGAUCAACUGCUGGACAAAACCAAGUCGCCUUGUCAAGACUUUUAUGGCUACGUUUGUGGCCGCAGCUUCAAUUACAAUCAGACGCUGCGACGUCAGCAGGAGCAGCAACGCUUUCAGCAACUGCUGCGCGCUUCCAAGUCCGAGCAGCUGCUGGAGUCGGAGCAGCAGCUGCUGAACUUUUACAAGUCCUGCGAUAGCAGUCGCGACGUGAAGGCGCUCAAAGGCUCGCCGCUGUACAGAAGCAGCGGCGGUUGGCCCGUGCUGCAGUCGAAUGCCAGUCAGCCCAACAAUUGGCUAAGCGUGCUGGCAGAAUUCCAUGCCAUUGGCGCGUUUUACUUCUUUGAAACCAAGAUAAGCAUACAGUCGAAUCAGCGCGUGGUGGUGCUGCAACCAGACACCACUAGGCGCCACACAAUGCGCAAGUUUGAGCAGCGUGUGGGCGAAGUGCUGCAACGCUUUGGCGUCGAGCAGAGUCGGGCGCAUGUUGCGGCGCUGGAGGUGCUUAGCCUGGAGCGCAGUCGUCGCGACAUAGUCAAAACGGAGUGGAUUGACGAUCAGGUGCAGUACAACUAUGCGAACUUUAGUGUGCGUGCCGACUGGAAUGCUUACUUCAAGAAGCUGAUGAACGGCAAGACGCUUCGGCCCACGGAUAAGAUUAUAGUGAAGCAGAUGCCACGCCUGAUGGACUAUAUACAGCUGCUGCAGAAUACGAGCACGCAACGACUGCUCAAUUGGCUGUGGACGGACUAUCUAAUGGACAUUGCCUUGAGCGACUGCCAGCAGCUGGUGGAGACUUUUGCCAGCGAUCUAUAUGCGCAUGUUUUGCCGCGUGUUAGCUCCGAUCGCGUGCAGUUAACGCAGCUGUAUGCCAGCAUAGGCCAGGCCUAUAAGCAGCAGCUAACGAGCAGCGUUUGGAUUGACGAAAUCUCAGCGCAAGCCUCGCAGCAUUUCUUGAGCCAGCUUAUGCAUGCCACGCUUAACGGCGAUGAGAACUUAAAUGCCGCAUAUCAGCCGCUGCAGCUGGGCCGACGCAGCUUCUAUCGCAAUCUGGAGAAGUUACGUAGCUUUCAGCACAAGCGACAGUCGACGCCAGCAGCAGCAACGCAGUCACUACAGCAGCGACAAUAUUCGCAAGCCUUUGAGGCCAUCAAUGGACUGCUGCCCAUGCUGCAGCUUGGCCAGAGCGCUCCACUCAACUAUAUGCUGCUAAGCGAGCGCUUUGCACGCAGCUUGUUGUCCGCGGGCAGCAGCAGUCGCACGCCUGGCGCCUGGCGCAGCAUGGACUCGGAACGUCAGUUUGCCGCCUUGCAAAACUGCAGCAGCAGCAAUUCUACGCUCAACACCAAUGAGUUGCUGCUGGGCAUGCUGUCGCAACGCUUGGCCUGGAGCUGCUAUAAGACUUGGCUGAGUCAACACUUGCCACGUUUGGUUGCAGGCCGGCCGCAGUUGACGCCACAGCGUCAUUACUUUGUCGGCAAUCUGCUGCUGGAGUGUCGCGAUGCGGUGGGUGCAGUGCAGCAGGAGCGCAAGCGACAGCUAACGCACGCCAUCUUGCGUAACACGCCCGAGUUCAGCGAAGCCUUCAGCUGUCGCAGCGGCGAUGCGCUUUACGCGCAGCAGCAGCGCUGCAAAUUGGGCGCUUAAUCUGGCCAGCAAUUGUUAACUGCAUAAUAAAUGUGCACGGACAGACUUGA